UCAUCUGACUAACAAACCUGAGGCUGACGGUGCGCUCAUCCCCCGCCACCUCAAGAAAUGUUGUUGAUAUUUGUUCACUUUAUCAUUCCCAAAUCAUGCAAAAAUCGCCUUGUAUCUUCUGUUUUUAGUUUCCCUCACUGGACGGAAGAGCUCUUAAAAUGAGCGGCAUUGGAAAAGCAGUCAUGUAUUUGUGUCGACACCCAAAAGAGACCAGACAGAAUAAGAAAUUGGCGGGAAAACUUAUCAGUGAGUAUGGUAUACCUGUGCCGAAUUUUGUGUGAACAGGGCAGUCAACAGAUCAUAAUCAGUGAAACAAUAAACUAAAGUUUAUAAAUUGUUCACCGCAAUCCCUUUUAUUCGUUGAUUCGUUGUGUAGUACCAAAUUAUGUCAGCAGAAUUUUCGGGCAAGGGAAAGAAGAUUGCAAAUUCGCAGUUCGUCAAGACUUGCAAAUGAAAAAUAACUGCCGAAAAGCGUAAUUUGGCGUUAUGGUCUACAAUGCGAUCACCUAUCAACCGAGGGUGAAGACGGGGAGUGAUACUGGGAAGAGACUCGAAAGCGUUUUCGACCGCAGUGGUUAGAAACACGAAAGCGCCCGAGUUGCUACGUUUUCGACCCUUCGCGCUUUACGAGCAACGGUUAGAGACGCAAAAGCUCGCGAGUUGCUACGUUUUCGACCCAUCGCGUUUUACGAACAGCAGUUGGUUGUUGAGAGAAGAAACAUGCUCCGUAAUAGUGGCUGAACUGAGAUCUGUUAUGUUUCCUAGUGGUAACAUUUCAACAAUAAUGUUACAGCNACAGAACAAGAAAUUGGCUGGAAAACUUAUCAGUAAGUAUGGUAUACCUGUACCGAUUUGGCGUUAUGGUCUAGAAUGCGAUCACUUAUCAGCCGAGCGUGAAGACGGGGAGUGAUACUGGGAAGAGACUCGAAAGCGUUUUCGACCGCAGUGGUUAGAAACACGAAAGCGCCCGAGUUGCUACGUUUUCGACCCUUCGCGCUUUACGAGCAACGGUCAGAGACGCAAAAGCUCGCGAGUUGCUACGUUUUCGACCCGUCGCGUUUUACGAACAGCAGUUGGUUGUUGAGAGAAGAAACAUGCUCCGUAAUAGUGGCUGAACUGAGAUCUGUUAUGUUUCCUAGUGGUAACAUUUCAAAAAUAAUGUUACAGCGAUUGUUUUGUUGCAGAUGAAUGGGCUAGGCCAAUAUUUGGUGUUACAUCCAACUUCAAGUCGCUCAGUCGAGAGGAAAGAGAAGAGCGAGAUUAUCAAAACAUGUCCAAGAAAAGGCGCCUAAGGUACUGUUCACGUGAUUGUGACAGUCACGUGAUUGUGCUUAACAAAAUGACGACAGUUUUAUUAUUUAAAAUUCUUCCUUUUUUAAAGGGAGAAUAUUUUUAUUUUCAGGUCAAUUCUGUCUUCAAUACACAAAAUGCACCUGUAGAGUUAUGAAAAUGUCAAACAAAUUUCACCAGGGAGCACUAACCAUAAUACUUUUUUGGUGAUUUUCAGUUUGCAGUCAUAAGAGUAAAUCUUUUAAUAGCUGGCCCAGCAUAUCCAAUUUUCAAUCCGUGUCUGUCCUUGCCAUCCCAGCGUAGCAACAGAUCAGCGGCAGGAGACAGUUUCGAUGACUAAAUAUAGUUUUAAAUAUCAAAACCGGACGAUCAUGUUUGGAAUUCAGUUGAUGCGAAGACGCUUUUUAGCGUUUUUAAAAAUAUGAACGCAAAUGGCGUGACAUUGUUCCUUUAAAAAUCUUUUGUUGUUUGUUAUUUAGUUCUGUGGACAGCGAAGGAGGGAAGACACCAAAAUCCAUUGAUUCUGCACUGCAAAGCGAUAAAAAGUAAGUAUAGUUGAGUCCUUUUCAUUUUUAUAACAGCUUUAUAAUUUGCUUCUUGAAUUCUUCAGCUUUGAACUUCACUAACAGACAUGCUUUGCUCUCUUAUCAGAGCGGUUAGGCCUGGUGACAAGGGUUUUGUAAUGCGAGCCCGCGUUCCUAUGCCUUCAAACAAGGAUUACGUUGUGAGACCACAGAACAGCAUUGAACGGACGGACUUCAGCAGAGUAAGUAGAAAUUACAAUUAUCUCAAUCCUCUAACCAUGCACUUGAGUCUAAAGGCCAAAAAAAAAAAACACUGAUCAAGCGUAAAAAAGAAAAUACUAAAGUCUUUUUCUGCUAAAAAAAUUUAUCGCCUCAGCCUUCAGUUGCGGCCCUGCAUUUGUCACGCAACUCUGUGCUUUUGAAAGAGAGAGAGCUAGCGAAAGGGUUAGCGCUGUUUUACGUGACGCCGAGAUGGUUAGAACCUGCGCUAUUUCAUGUAAGUGCUUAAAGUAAGUGUCACUUUGAGGGGUGCUUUUACUACCCUUUUCUUCAGUGGACGGGCGUGAAAAAUUCUUUGUUCAUAAGGAAACUCUGAAUAGGCCCUCUGAUGGGAGGUUGAGCGGGGCGAAGCCAAGAAGGUGCACGAAGUCGGGGACAAUAUUACAGAGCUUGAGCAAGAACGUUUAUGAGCGAUGCACGUCAACCGGGACUGGACUUGUUGUAUUCUUGGGCAGCGAUUCUGCCCUCAUUUUCAUUUUCUCGUCUCUAUACGAGUAGACACUUAACAAGACAAAUAUGGUGGCGUCAAGGUAUAUGAACAGGAAAGAGUCUUCACUCCCGGUUGACUUGCGUCAUCCAAAAACGUCUUUGCUUAAGCUCCUUACUACCGGUAACCAUUUUGAGGUUGUGCGUGGGACUGGGACGGUUUUAUGUCGAAGUGCACUAUGGGAUUGUUUUAGAAACGCUAUUGUCUCUUUUAUUGGCCAGUGUAAAGUUGCGCAGGAAACAAGGUUAAAAUUUUUCAAUCAAAAAUAUUCCCAAAGUGCAAUUCGAAACAGCAUAUGGCCAAUAGAGAGGAGAAGUGUGACGUCACGUUACCAUGGUAGCAAAAUUUUUGGAUGACAACAAUAUAUAGGGAGCUUAAGCAACGACGAUGGCGACGGCAACGAGAAUGGCAAAAAAGUAAAAGGUUUAGAUAAGCAAAACAACAACUUUGCACGUGCAUCACGCUUUUUUGCACAUUUCUUUGCCGUCGUUGCACGACUGCUACAUGAAACUUCCUAAUUUCACGCGCCCGCUUUAUGGAGCAGGUGAAUACAACGUAAAAAAUUUCUUUUCCUUUUUGUACACUUAGAUACCUUCCUUUCGGAUUCAACCCCGGAAAUUUCGCCAAUAUUUGACAAAUUCAAUGAAAUUGAAUAAAAUCGAUGAUGUUUGAAACAGUGUGAAUUCACUUUUUAAGUGACGUUUUCGGUUUGUUGUCAUUCAGAAAUUUUACUACCAUGACAACGUGAUGUAAUUACUUCUUCUCUCUACACUGAAGCGAAAGGCCUGUGUCGGUGGAAGGAAUGGCCGUAAAAAAACUGCUGAGAUCACACUGUUAAUCCCAGCCUCUCCCCCUUAGCAACACACCAAUUCCCAGAUCUUGCCUUUCUUAAUUUCAUUUUUUUGUUGCUUAUUCCAGAAACCACAGAAGUCCAUGAACAGAUAUGAAAAACAGAAGAGAAAGUUCGAUGAAAAGAAAAAGCUCCUCAACCAAGGAUCACAAAGAGCGGUUGGUAUCAGUAUCGAGGGACGAAAAAUGGCGCUCUGA